CCUCGAUGUUUCGCCAAAUUGGCUCUCAUCCAAAAUACACUGUUCAGAGAUAACUCUACCUCCCCUACCCCCUCUUACCUCUCUUUACCUAUUUCAAUUUUUGUUACCAAACAAGGUAGAAAAUUUAAUCUACCUCUCCCUACCUUCCUACCCCAAACAAACAUACUGUAAAGGAAAGCCAUGGAAGAGCUAAAGAAGCUACAGAAGCUACAGAGCAUGAUCGGAACGAUGCAAUCUUUCGGAAUCAUCGGCUCUUCCGGCGAGCACGAUUUGUCCUCCAUUCGCUUUCUCGCCGAUCUCGCCCUCUUCUUGGUCGAAGAAUGCUGCGAGCUGGAGAUUGAGACGAAAUGUCAGCUAGUGCUCGAACACCUUCCCAAGUUCUCGCGGGAUUUCUUUGAGGAAGCAUCCAAAUGCGUCUCCGAGACAAAUUCAUUUCAGAAGCCAAUUAAUGAAGAUGGUAAUGAAGACAUCCGAAAUACUGGCACCCUUUGCUGUGAUGAUAAGGUGGGCAUUGGUAGGAAACACGUGGGUGUUAAAGAUGUUGCUCUAAUUGGUCUGGAUGCCAUGCAAAAUGCCAAUUCUACCUUAGAAGACUUUUGUAGGUCAUACUUCAUGUUUCAUGGAAUUGAUGCUCGCCAACCUCAGUCAAUAUUCAAAUACCUACCAAUUCUUUCAUUUACUGAAAGUUUUAUCUAUCAGUUGGAUAGAGUAAAUGAAAAACUUCUGCAACCACCAAAGAGGGAGAAUACCAUUUUAUACAAUAAACCUUGUGGGGGAGUUGAUCGCUUGGCCCUUAAACCUGUCAGCAUCACAUCUGAUGCAUUUAGACCACUGGUUAACGUGCUUGAUCUUCAAGGGCUUUUGACAGAUAGGAUAAAUGAGGAAUUUAGGAACGGAAUUGAAUACUGGUCCCUUGAAAGCAAGCUAUGCUUUGCCCUUGCAAGCAAAAUGGAGAUAUCUGUUACGGAUGUGAUGUUGGCUAUUCAACUGAAGUCCUUUGAUUACCGAGUGCUGAAUCUUCUACUGUAUCAACUCCGCGGUGAAGAGGUAUAUUCUUCACCCAACUAAGGUCACAAAACCCAUUGUAUGUCAUUAAUGUAUAGUGAAUACUCCCCUCAUCCUAGAAACAAAAAAGUCAUGUUUGGUCAAGGAACAACUUUUGAAUUUUGGCGUGUCAAAAAAUCCUACUUUAUCUUUUACUUUUAUAAAUUUAUCAUAAUGAACAUGUGUGUAUUUUUUUGGCUAAUUAAAUGAAAACUUAGCUCCUCAUCGUGUGAUAUGUGGAUAUGCCUUUUUUGGGGGAUAUUGGGUAUUUUUCUAAGCAUAACUUAUUUCAUUGAGAGUCUUUUUUGAAGCUGUUUCCAAGGUGAAUGAGUUGCAUAUGGAAUUCUUAUCAAUUUCGGAGUUCCUUGUGGAGAUAUCUGAUGAUUUGUAAGUAUUCCCCUAAGGGGCAGGUCUGUGUGUUUAAGUUGUUCUAUUAAUUUUAAAUAAUGUAAUAGUAUAUUUAUGUUUAUGAUCUUUGGAUGCAUGUUAUGGAACUCUCAUUUGUCUGGUUCUUGGUUGUAUUGCCAUUUUCUUGCUAGGGACUUUUGAAUUUUAACAUUUUAAAAAAAUUAAUCAUAUCUCCUUUCCCUUUACUGCUUUACAUUUUCCAAGUGAAAGCCAAACACAAUAAGGCAAUCCUAUUUUUUUUAUUAUUUCCCCCUUUCCCUAGAAUAUUCCAGGAUCCAAGCACACCUUUAAGCUCCUAGCAUUUCCCUCACUCUUUGAUAUGGGUAUGGAUUUAUGUUUUCCUAUAUUGAUAAUUGCUUCUUUAUUUGUUGAUUUUAACUGCCUGUCGCAAAACAUCAAUUUGAAUGGCCUUUCUAAUGAGUGAGUGGCUGAUGUCCUCCUAGGUUUGACUACGAGGAAGAUGUAUUGGACAACAAUUUCAAUAUAUUACGGAUGUUUGUCAGAAUCUAUGGAGCUACUGCUGCACCAGCCAUCCUGGCAAAACACAUAACAGAAGCAGAGGAGAAGUAUGACAGUCUUUUGAAAGCGCUAGAUCCCGAACUAUCUGUCACGUAUCAGAAAAGAUGUGAAGAAGCUACUAAAGAAGGUGGGAAGAAAAGUGGGCCACCUCUUGGGACAUGGUGCAUACCCCAUGUCAUUGCAGAUGAAGAUCUAUAUCGGUCCUCGGUUUCAAGCUCUGAGCCUCGUAUAUGAGAUGAUGUCUAUAUUGUGUUGUGAUGACACAUUUAAAUUCAUCCUCGGCGUGGAUAUCUCGGCAUUAAGAAUACUUCCAAGAGCCCGAUGACACCCGAUUCGUGUGUUAUAUUCAUGUCUUAAAAGAACUAACCACAACAAUAAAGUUAACAAGAUUAGAGGCAAUAUGCAUAUCUAAUAUCUUAGUUCUAUACUUACAAGUAAAGAGACUCUUUUUUG